AUGACCGAACGACAUGAGAAGGCCGCUACUGGCACUGAUGCCCAGAUGAAUGAGACUGCUGACUCACCGUCGCCUUCAACCACACCAGGUUCUUCGACGCCAGACUCGCAUCAGUCCGAGUCAUUUAGUAUAUACACAACCAAAGAGAAGUGGUUCAUUGUCGCCCUUAUUGGAUAUGGCGGGCUUUUCAGCCCACUGUCUUCAAAUAUUUACUUCCCCGUAAUACCAGCACUUUCUCAAGUCUUUGGUAAAUCUAUAGAGCUAAUUAAUCUAACCGUACGUGUCUCCGAUGCUUUGCUCUUUGGGCUCAUCCAGCCUUCAAAGGUAACGAUGUACAUUGUUUUCCAAGCUCUCGCCCCCAUGUUUUGGGGAACUUUAGCUGACUCAUGGGGAAGGCGACCUAUGUUCAUUGCCUGCCUCAUCCUUCUCUCUGUCUCUUGUGUCGGACUUGCCCUAGUUCCGCCCAGCGCCUACUGGCUACUUCUGCUUUUACGAUGCGUCCAAGCAGCCGGCUCAGCGAGUACUAUUGCUCUUGGCGCGGGAGUCAUCGGCGACAUAUCCGAGCCUGCAGAACGGGGCGGCUUCUUCGGCGUGUAUAACAUCGGUCCCCUGGCUGGUCCUGCGAUUGGCCCAGUUCUGGGUGGCGCUUUAGCAGACGGACUCGGCUGGAGAGCAAUAUUUUGGUUUCUUUGCAUCGCGUCAGCCGCGUGUGCUGUCGUGUUGAUCUUACUACUACCCGAAACGCUGCGUUCCAUAGUUGGCAAUGGCAGCAUCAUACCAGGACCGAUCUCUCGUCCAAUUCUUCCUCUUCUUGGUCGCAAGCAUCGCAAAACAGCCACGUCAAAAUCGAUGCCCCGAAAGCCAUUCAAGAAUCCUCUUCUCCUGCUGCUCAAUGUGGAUAUCUUUCUCCUACUCUUCUUCAACGGUGUCAUCUGCGCGGUUUUUUAUGGCGUCAAUACGUCGAUCUCAACAAUAUUCCACGAGACAUACCCGUCUCUGAGUCAAACAAAGCUGGGAUUAUGCUAUCUUGCCAUUGGUGGAGGUAUGCUUGUCGGCUCUGCAACGUGCGGAAAACUACUUGACUGGGACUACCAAAGAGUAAAACGCGGUAUUAUUGCUGCUGCCGAAGCCAGGGGAGAGUCGAGAUUAAAUGUCGAAGGCGCGUCGUUUCCGAUUGAAAAGGCGCGCAUACGUCUGAUGCCCUUCCUUGUCGCUCUCUACGUAGCCAUGUGUGCCGCAUAUGGAUGGUGCAUCCAAGAAAAAGUCAGCAUCGCCGGGCCAGUCAUCUUACUGAUUGGGGUGGGAUUUCUGUCCAUGGCUGUCAUGAACGCCACACAAACGCUUAUUCUCGACCUGGUCCCAGACCAAGGCAGCUCUGUCACCGCAUGCAACAAUCUAAUCCGAUGUGCCCUCUCUGCUGCAAUGGUCGCUGUGAUCCAGCUAAUAAUCGACGCUAUUGAUGUCGGAUGGACAUACGUGCUUUUAGCAGGACUUUGCAUCGCCGCAUCGCCGCUGAUGUGGGUGGUCAUGAUCAUUGGACCACGAUGGCGAGAACGGCGGCGGAAGAAAGCCCAAUCUACACAAUGA